ACUUGUUGCGAUUGUUACCUCUGCUCUUAUACUUUCAGCAUAAACAUUUUCACAAAUUUCAGUCUCUUCGACGACGUCAAAAGGGCGAAAUUUUUGAGAAUAGAGGGACUUUGUCUUCCUUAAACAAUGAGUUUACAGACUCUUACUAAGAGCAUUCGAGAUAAAAAUGGAAAUCGCGUAGAACAAAUCGAGCUAGCACAUGAGCUAUGCCACGACAAUAUUCCGACAUACUUUCCAAAUAAAGAAGAGUUUGUAAUAACAUUUUUAUUAGACAGACUGAAAGAAGACACCAAAAUUGGACAAUAUGAAACGUGUCUAAACAUUAAUUACUGGGAUUUGCUAUUGUUUGCAUGGAAUUCAGAGAAAGUAUCCACCAACUUUAAGGUGAACUCUAUUCGAAGACAACCAAUUCUACCAAUUAUUAUUGAUGUACUUGAUGUCCUGACUACACGAUUUGACAAGUCCAUUUUCUUGAGUGUAUGCGAGAAUUUUAUUACUAUCUAUAGCUCUUCUGUUAUUCUGUUUUCUUCCAGAUCUUUUCCUGACCAAGUAUCUGAUUUACUAUCACGAUUUUGCUAUAUCUUCGCGCAACAUCGUAGCAAUCUGGAAGAUACAUUUCCAGACAAUCUUAUUCUGGAGGUAUUUUGCAAGCUUGUGUCAUCUUCAUUGCGGACAACUUCAAAUACUUUGAAAGCUAGCGUGUACUUUCUAAGUCGUUCACUAAAGGGGAUCUUGCAGCUUCUCUCAAACGUUGAUGCCGAAAAUAAGAACUAUGGAUUUAUAGAAAGUAUUCUAACAACUUGUGUACUUAGUCCCUCUACGCUAGAAGCUCUGGUCAGCAAAAAAGAAAGCAACGAAGACCUUUUUUCCCUCUUUCACAACAUCACUGGUGAUCAAGUGGAUUUGAGGUCCAUCCCUCGUCUUUUUAAUAUCUUUUUAGGUUCUAUCUCGUCUUUCCUAUCGGAUUCAGGGAAGCAUAUUUCCCAACAAAAAGCUUCUGAUCUAAUCUAUAAGUUAUAUGUCGAACAUAUGAACUUUCUUUUGGCCAAUUUGUCAGUUUCCAAGGUUACUGUUUUUGAAGCUUUCCAUAUGUUAUGUGAGUUGCUUGAAUUUGACAAGAUUCAUCGAGGAAAUCCUGACAAACCAACGUUUGACGCUUUAGUUACAGUUGCAAAACUAUGCAUGGAUAAUUUACAAACGGAUGAGAUUAGACCAACUAUCUGGAACAUCUUUGCAUCGUUAUUGAAUAUCGAUUUUGAUUCAGUUUUGCCGUUGUCCUACGAACUUUGGAAAUUCAUUGAUACUUCUAAGCAGGAAGAAAAUCAAGGUAUCCUUUUAUAUUUAGAAAGAUUAGUUAAUGCUCAUGUACGAGCACGCAGCUUUCCUGAUUUUUGUUAUGGCUGGAAUGAGUCAUUACUUAGAACUGAUAGCACAGAUACUUUAUAUUUUAGUUACAAGCUUGUGAGUAUGGUGUCGGCGUCUGUGGAAAUAGCUCUUACUCCUUCCUCUGUAAACGAUUUACUUUCGAAAGUUUUGUCUUCCGUUUCGAACUCGAAUUCACAGUCUCGUUACUAUCCACUUCUGCUUUAUUACUCUAUCCUUACUGGGAUUAGGUCGCGUAAUUACAUUGAAGUCCUUGAAGAAAGAUUGAAAGAUUUUUAUUAUCAAAUCUUUUUCCCCUGCUUGCCGACGGAUUUUAAAGAUUUGAGGAAAUCUUCAAGAAAUGUUUUAUUAAUGUCUCAUUAUAUUAACAUGGAUAAAUCGCCCUCUUACUUAACUCUCACUUACUCUCAAAGCGCACCAAUGCUUUUAAAUUUAUUGGACAAUGGCUCAAAUAAUUCUGUUGAUAAUACUUGGUCCUUGCAAGUCCUAAUUUGUUAUUUUGAGAAGUUACGUCUUCAAGAAGGAAAGGUAUCUGAUGAUAAAACUUUUACUUCAGUUAUUAAAACUUCAAUUGACCAGUCAAUACUAUCUCUGAGUUUUCAAGAAAAGGGUUCUCAUUCUUCAGAGUUAUCAGUCGUUGAUACUCCUUCUUCCGCCUUAACGGUAACACUGCUGCUUAGGUGGUUACGAGCCAUUAAUGUAUAUCUGUCAAGGGACGAAGUAAAUUCCUGGUUAUUUACAUUGUGUAAAAAGCUAAUCAGUAUCUCUUCGUCACCUACAACCCAAGAUGAUACGCUGCUUCUGAAGGCUUGGAGACUUUUUUUGUACAGUUCUGAGACAUACGAGCUUCCUGUGGUUUUUGAUGGUCUACUUAGCACAUUCUCUCGCCUUAUUUAUCCUGAAGACAUCCCUAGUACUUCGGAUAUUGUUAGUUUAUACGACUCUAUUAAGGAGACUACUCUUAAAUCAACUCCCGAAAACCUUGGAUUUGUUUUGGAUUGUUUACAGUAUCUUCCAUUAAAGUAUAUUCAGAAGCAACAUCGUGUCCGCAUUAUGAACAUUAUAUGCUCUUUCAAAGGAAACCUACCAACAGAUCAGCUUUAUAUAAGACAUUCCUUAUACUCAGUGUUGUCAAGGCUCAUGCAAGUUCCUUGUUCUGCUGCAAUGUACAACUGUCAUCAAAUUAUCUAUCGAAUUAUUAGUGAUCUAAAUUCGGAAAUAUCAGGAAAUUAUGAGACUGAAAUAAAGCUGAUUAUAAAAUACUGGAUUGGGCACAUUGAUAGCGAAAAUAAAUACUAUGUGCUAAAAAACCUUAUAGGUUUCUUUCUCGAAAAUAAUGAGCAGGUUCCCAUAUAUGGUAUGAGCAUUUUCUUAAAUGAAUUGGUGCAGUAUUUUCCGAAUCUUCGACAAAUUUCGAAGGACGAAGAAAUCGUUUCCAAGAUUAGACUCUGUUCAGGAAUAAUCUUGAAUAAAAUAUCGUGUAUUCUAGAUAAAUUCGAUGUUUCACAAAUAUUAAUACUGACUAAAUUAUUGGAAUGUUGCAAUGCCUUUCUUCGUGCAUUUCAACCAAUGGAAUCUGAACGAAACUUAUAUUACAGAGUUAGAGCUAAUGUUGAGUCUACAGCUUCUUCGUUGGCUGCUGCUAAUUUUGAUCUGUCGUUUUUAGAGGCUUGGAUAUCAUAUCAAUCGUUGUUGGUUAACGAUAGACUAGACUUCUUAAAAUUAAUUGCACAAUUAGUUUUUUAUCGAAGGUUACUUCACGAAUUUACCUUGAGAGGUACGGAUAUUGAAAGAGCUAUAUCUAAGUUGACUUUGGAAGGCUGCUCCAGUGUUGUUACUGAAGUUUUGUCAACCAUCUUACAUACCCACGACGCCUUAGAUCAUUCAAUCCUGUUGAAAGUUAUUACUUUAAUAGCUAAGUGCUCCGAUAUCUUUGAAGUCAACAAAGGUCUGACUAGUUUGGUCCUAUGCUUUUGUGCUGGAUUACUUGUACAAAGCCAUGAAAUCGAUGCGUUCACAGUCAUAUCUAUAUUAGAUGUGUUGGAUGUAUUCGCAAACAAAACCUCCAAGGUAUGCAACGUCGAUUCCUUUAAUUUUAUCUUAUCAAGUGUGUCCUCAAUUUUGAGUUCGCAGAAAUCAAUUAACUUUUCAUAUGAUGAAAAUUUGGUUGUUUCUAGGAUUAUUUCCAUUUUAAGAGGGAUGCUAUACAACCAUCGUUCUUAUAUGACUGGGCGCUUCCAUGUACUUUUUGGGAUUUUGAAAAAAAUUUUGCAUUGCAUGUUUAGGAAAACUACAAGUACCUCUUCCAAAACUGAUGCUUUAAUGGAUACACCGAAAUGGUUCAAUCCAUCGAUGUCUAUCUCUGAUUAUAACGUAAUAGCAUUUUCAAGACUGUUAAAUACUUGGAUGAAUCCAAACUUAAUGCAUGACUCAAAUAAAAAAGCGUCUACGUUGACAGACAGUGAAAGACAGUUUAUUAAAGCAUCAACAAAACAUUUUGUCUUUCUUUUGAUUGAAUUUCUCUCUCUUCAAGUUGUUUAUACAAUUGAUUUAGACACUAAAGAACGUCUUACAGAGGCAUUUUAUUCGGUUUAUGGCAACUUGUCCACAUACGAAAAGCAUAUGGCUUCCACAUCAAUGAACGCGCCAACAAGAUCUUUGUUUUACAAGUUCGUUGAUAAUUGGUCGCGCUUUGCAAAAUGGCAAGAAUCAUAACUGCAUAUAAAAAAAGGACAUUAAAGGAGGUUUAUUUAAUUCUCGAAGCCAUGUACAUAAUAUCCUAAAAUUUUGGUUAGAUAUGCAUUAGUAAUAUAAAAGUACUAAACUUUGAACUUACAUCAAUGUAGGAAGAAGAAUUAUGAAUCGUCGUUCCGGC